AUGGACUGUGAAGACUAACAUUAAUCAAGUUAAAAUAGCAACUGUGAUGAUCUUAAAAGCAAAUAAGAAUAGUUUUUAUAAAAUGUGGAGAGCAAAGCUGUAAAAAUUGGAGAAAAUAGAGAUAUUUUAUAUGUUUAAAAUAUUUUCACUAUAUUAUAACACGCAGACUUGCCUUUUAAGUUGACAGAAAAAGAAGAUAUAAUCAAAGAUAUUUACGAGGGUGGAUUUAAAGUAUGGGAAUGUACAAUUGAUCUUCUAAGCUACUUGCACAAGAAUAACUUUGACUUCCAAGGAAAAACUGUAAUGGACCUUGGCUGUGGACAUGGACUUUUGGGAAUAUAUGCUAUGCAGCAAGGAGCUAAGCAAGUCCUUUUUUAAGAUUACAAUUAUGAAGUGCUCAGCAUUGCUGUGAGACUUAAUAUUAUAUUAAACAAAGUGCCAAAUGUGUAAGAAAGACUCAUUUAUCUCUCAGGCGAAUGGAAUAACUUAGAAAACAAGAUAGCUUAGUAAAUAAACGAAGUUGGCUUCUUGGAAAACAAAAUUGUUUAAUACGAAAACUAAUUUGACAUAUUAAUGCUUUCUGAAGUUAUAUACAAUCAAGCAAACUAUGAAAAAGUUACAAAUUUAAUAUACAAAUUAAUGAAGCCCAAUGGAAUCUGUUUGUUAGCUAAUAAGCUUUAUUACUUUGGAGUAGGAGGGUCCAUGCCUGAAUUUAAAUAGUAUUUGCAAACAAACCAUAGCGGUAAAUUGCAACUAGAAUCUCUUGAAAUAGUAAACAACAAAAAAGGAAACAAAAGAGAAAUAGUAGUAGUCCGCAAAUUAUGA